AUGGCCUCCAGUCAGAGCAGCCAAUCCAGUGAGAGCUGCAUCCUUCAGGAGGAGGAUCUAUGUUCUUCCCUGGACAUACUUGGCCUUCAGUGUCUGUGCCCUCUGUACCAAGAACAUAAGCUAUGUAAGCUGCUGCCUAUCCUGCUGCACAAGUAUCAAAACAAGGUGCCUGUCACCAAGGCAGAAAUACAGCGCAAUGUACCACCCCGUUACAGGCGGGAUUUCACCUCACUAUUCAAGGCAAUGUGUGAGUGCAUGUGUUUGGUCUUUGGUAUUGAUGUGCGGGAACUGGAUACCCCUAGCAAAAAAUAUGCCCUUAUGCCCAUUUUAGGCCUCACUUAUAAUGGGAUGCUGAGUGAUGAUUUGCAGAGCAUUUCCAAAAUCAGCCUCCUUGUAGUCAUCCUCAUUGUCAUCUUCUGGAAGGGAAACCUUGUCAGUGACGUGGAGGUAAGGGAAUUCCUAAAAACAAGGAAUAUGUUACCUCGGAAGAAGCGCUUUGUUAUUGGGGAUCACUGGGAAUUCAUCACAAAGGAUUUGGUACAGCUACAAUACCUGGAGUAUCGGCAGGUGCCCCAUAGCGAUCCUGCUCAGUACGAGUUCCUGUGGGGUCCAAGGGCCUAUGCUGAAACCAGCAAGAUGAAAGUCCUAGAGCAUUUGGCCAAGGUGAACAGGCGCGAUCCCAGGUCCUACACACGUCUCUAUUUGGCGGCUUUAAGAGAGGAGCAAGAGGCUGCCCAAUCCUGUGCUAUGGGCCAGUGA